GACGCAAUCGGGCCGCCGAGCGCUCCACGAAGCGACACCGAGCCCGGAUCCAAGCCUUGCACGUUCUACGCUCGAAUUUCGCUCUCCGUCGUCUCUUAUUUCUCAGUCGUCAGGUGUAAAAGUAGAAUGACGGACUGACUCGGCCCCGUUGUUCGAAUCGAAAUUGUGUCGCCCGUUAUCGCCCGGAUGAACUGACCGGCCUCAGCCGAAGCUUUUCCACAUUCGCCCCGGCCCCGAGACGACGUUCGAGAGGACAGCCUCAACCACCGGAGGAGGGAGCGAGACGAGCCCCGAGGACAGAGACGGACGGCGGAUCCGCCGAGGAUGAACUCCGGCCCGGCCACGGUCCACAGCCGCCGUUUACCCUUUCAAUCGCGAUAGCCUUAUCCGUCGCCAUACCGAAAAAUGGUCGGGAACACCGGAGUCGAGUGGGGCUCCAUCGUCAAACCGGUCUUGGCCGCGUCUUACGGCUCCGUUAACAAACACGAUAUCACGGAAUUAGCCAAAGCCAUUAUCAGGAGUGAGCCAGAAUUAUUAGAUCAUGAAGAAAAAUAUGAGACAUUUUAUGCUGCACUCACAGCACUUGCUGCUGAUUACAUUAGCUCAAAUGUUUCAGCAAUAUCAAAAGGGCAGAUCGGCACUGUAUGCCUUGCCUGUAAAGUGCUACUACGUUACAUCUUGAUGAACUUGAAGAAGCAGGGUGAGUCUGAAGAGGCGUCCGCGCUCUCUUCGACAUUCCCUGCCUCGUCUUCGGGUCAGACCUCAGCCAUUAACAACCUACCAGUGAAACAGCUUCUUCUUCCAAUAAAAGCGAUGUGUACAGCAACUUCAACACUUUCUCGUACCGACCAGGUCGGUCUUGUUUCUAUUAUGAAGAAUGCAAAAUUACCACCUCAUAUUAAGACUUCGUUGAACUUCCCGGCUUCUGAUGAUAAAUCGGCUGAAGAAAAAAAUGAAAAAGAUGUUAAGGCCAGAGCUAGAAUUGAUCUGUCAAAUCAGAUAAUGGAACAACUCACGUCGCCGUUACUUGAUGGGAGUGUUUCUAAGAAAUCUGGUGGCAACGAAUCUGAACCGAAAUCGGCAGAAGCGUCGCCGGAUAAACCGAAUGAACUUGAGGUGCUUUUUGUUCAGAGAAAUAUAGCUAACCUGCAGGCAAUUGGCGCCGCUGAUGUCUUUGUCGACACAUGCCUCCAAAUGCCUCAUCUAGUCAGAUAUAUUCACAAGUAUCAAACAGCUGUAUCGAAAAAAGGUUUCAGCUUACCUAGUACAGUAAACGAAGCACAAUUAAUUAGGCACAGUUUGCAAGCAGUAGCGAGUGAUCUGAGUGUGGUUUGGAGUGUACUUUCUCUACCAGUUUUAGAGCCGUUGACACAGCCCAGGCUUGAGAAACUGACCACGAUAGUCAUGACAGGUCUAUACACUGCGUUGUCCGCUGCGACAGCUGCUAGCAUUUUGGGAGUAUCGUCUGCCGUUUCGCCCAAAACUGCGCCUCUUGCUCAAACAGUAUCUGGCAACAAGUCGAACGAGGAGGAGAAUAAUGCUGAUGUCCUUUCGACAGCCAUCGUGGAAAAAGCAUUGGAAAUAUUCAACCAUAUUUCAUCUGUGAUUAAAACAUCAACACGCGCUGGAGGCAAUGUUGUACAAAAUUUGACAUUAAUGGGGGCUUGGCUUUUGGUUUCUGGACUCCAAGGACAGUUGACCGCUUCCAGCCAAGUGCCUUCGGAUAAACCUGGCAAAGACGAUAAAGGAAAAUCACCUAGUAAAUCAAGAGAUGGCACAUCAAGGAUAAACUUAAUGAAAGUGCAACAAGGAUUUGGUGUAUUGUCAGUAGCAUUAGCAUCACAUGCGUUACGCUUGAUAGGAAGCCUUCUUGAGGAUGUACAGUUCGAGAGUGCAUCAUCAAGAACUUGGUCUGAUCUGGCCGAGCUGAGCAUUUCAAGCCAAUCGACUGCUUUACAACGUGCCUUGACUGUUCUGAACGCAGUACCUUUAAACCAGUCACUUUUUUAUUUAGCAACAGUCAGCUACAGAAAGGCUUGUACAUUGAAAAGAAUCCAAAAACAUCCUCCAGAAGGAGACAAUUUCAGCACGUCUGAUUCUACUACUUACUACGAUGAAGAUGACAUGAGUUGCUCUGAUGAAAGUUCCCCAGAUGUUGAUGAUGACAGUGAACCUUUGUUAGGACUCUGGUUUGAAGAGACAAUAUCUGUCCCUGAUUGUGAUAAUUCUUCAAACACACAAUCUCAAGAUACACCCGAUACACUACCGAAAAAUGGUCACGAGCCUUCUUCUAUCGUUCCAGAAAAAGGGGAGCCGAACGGAUUUAUAGCCCUGGCAACGCAAAUAUUUUACACUAUGAAUAGAUACAUGGUCACCAGUGAAGCCGAGUACAUGACCAGAUACGUCGAGUCUGGAUUGACAGAACAACAGAUGAUAAUGCUAGCGGCGAUCAUACGCGAUUUAGACCGUGAGACCGCCAGGACAGACACUGGGACGAUUUCGGUCUACUUCGGCCCGACUCUUGGCCAGCUUUAUACGGAGUUUUCACAGGCGUUGACCCGUUACACGCAUAAUCUCUUGGCAAGAGGCUUACUAUCGGCCUCGUUACAGUCGACUCUUUUGCUACACUUGGGCGUAAGCCCUGUCUCAAGUACCGACAGUACAAACUGGCCUCUUCAAGUGUACCCAAGGACACUGGCUGUCCUAGCACAGGUACUUUUAUUGAAGCAACAAUCUGAAAAAGAAGCAGCGUGCAUUAGUAUUUGGCACAGAUUAAUUAACACGCUUGUUGAUAAUAUUUGCACAAACCCAACAACAACCGUAGAUGUUGAAAAUGAAGAUUUGAAUGUGGAACAUGCUCAGCUUGUCCUUUUCCUAUUUCACUCUCUGAACCUCAUGCAGAAGAAAUCGGUGCUCUUAAUGUGCGCAAACGGUGUCACCCAAGUUGCCGAAAAAGUCCGUGGAGUCAUGCGUGAAUCGCAGAUCCUACAUCUCGCCCGGCUUCUACUCCUUCUCGACUACCUUGUCAAGCACCUUUACGACGCGCCGUCCACGCUCCUCGAACAGGUCCAGUGGAAUCUUUUGAACAACACCAACGUGAUCAAGGAAGCCGGUGACGUUGAGGGUAGUGUAAACGUCGCAUCAAGGUUGUACUGCCCUUGGAAUGAGAUAGAAGACAAUUACAGAAAGCUCAUGCCUCAGGAAGAAUUCUCCAUGAGGCCUAAAUUCUACUCGCUCACUUAUGGAACCGUUAACACGCAAGAACUGCCAAAACUUGACGGAUUGGCGUGUAAUUUCAUACUGGGUAGUCCUGAUAAAGGCGUGAAGUACCCGGUUUUGUUGGACUCCCUCAUAGAUAUUCUAAGCAUAACCGACCAAUGCACACCGGCGAUCAGGUGUUCGGAAAAAAUAUCUUAUACGGCUUUAUGUGCCGUUCAGUAUUGUUUUCUCAUUUGCUGGAGACUCUUGCUACAAUUGCCGCCUUCUACACCAUACCUAGAGAAACUAGCACAAGGGUUCAAAUUGGAAAAUGACUGGCCUGUUGUGCUACACUCUCUCAUCUGGGGUCCGAGAACUGCCCAUAAACUGUUUAUACCAUGGAUGACGGAUUGUCUCGUAAAGCAAGGAAUGUACACUCCGUAUGCUGAAUCAGUAUUGAAAAAUAUAGCUGACAUUGUUGGUAGUGUGAGAUAUGAUAUCAAUCUCGCCAAAAAUUGCAUUACUGCUUUGAUGCCAUCAAUAGAACUAUCAGGCCCUUUGGUCCCAAAACGAGAUUUGCCAACGCUAAUGGAACUUUGCCUUUUGAAUUCUGUCGUCGCGAAGGCUCAGGCUUAUGCUGACUUCAACAGCAAAAUGUCCUCGAUGGAAAACGACUCGCUCAAGACGAUUCAGACCAUCGCUGUCGUUCAAGAGCUGAUGCCGUAUGCCCUCAAGCUGGCAGAAGUAGUUUUGGCAAUAACAAGAUCGAGUUUGAUGUACCAGUUGUCGGAAAGCGAAGGGAAUAGUUACACGCAAGGUGACUUGCUCGCUUUUAGAUGCAUACUUUCAAUCAUUUCAACAAAAAACAAUAAGACACAAGGCCUCGCCAUCGCAAUGACACCUUUACUGCCUCCUGCUGUUUCGUCAAUUCAAGAAAAAUGGUCAACAAUCCCAGUCAAAAAUUUCCCAUGGUCUGAAUAUGCAAGUAACAUUCUGCCUGGUGAAAGCUAUGUAAUGGCUGUUGUAAGGGCACAUAUUUCAAUGUUGUCGAGUCAUAACACAUUCACGAUAAAUCCGAGCCUGAAGCACCUACUUCACUGUUUAGUUACAUUCAUCUCUGACAACUUACUGUGGUGCACCGACAGCUGCAGCGUCAUCGACAAAGUGGUCAGUGUUUUUGCCCCCUUAUCCAUUGACGCGACUGCCGACUACUUGCACGAAACUGUUGCCAAGGUGUUGGAAAAGCCGCUCGGAGAAGUCGAGAGUGAUAAACAUCAGAUGACGAUUUUCAUGAUUAUAAUAGGGCAGAUUUAUGACCUUAUCAUGAUAUACACAAGCUCUACUACACCGUGCAGUGAGGCAGUAAAUGAAAAAAUAAUUCAGGAAUGCCUCGGAUGGCUUGGCCUGUUGCUGGAAAAGCCAAUCGGGAGGCAGGCGUUAGACAAGUUUUUCGACAAUUCAUCAGAGAAGUCCCUCGUCAAGAUCUUGCUUUCCGUCGCCAGUCCGAAGACAUCGAAUUCAACAACAUACGGCGUCAAGAUAUUCCAAUUCUUCAACCAGCUUUUCACAACGAUGGAGAAAAAUCCAGGGGAUGAAGGGCUCGAGAGGCUUUGUGAUUCCGUUCUCAAACUGGCACACGUCGAGCCCACGCAGCUUUCAAAUUGGCUCCAUCUCGUCAUCCUAGGCCCUGGAUCAAGAGGAACUAGUUCUGCAUCCUCAAACGGCGACUCGUCUCCUGUUUUCUCUCUAGGAAUUACAACUUCUCCGAGUAGAGAGAAUAAAGACCCUUCAUUAAUCUUUGUGGAAAAUAUAUCUCCACCUACUGUAAAAGAAUUGACAAAAAGCUCACUUUUUCAUGAAAAUCAGUCAUUACUUCAACAUUUGACUGCAUAUAUUAAUAAUAAACAAAACAGUGUUUCUGAGGCAAAAGAAAAUGUGGCGGUGACACUUCUUGAAUCGUUGAUACCGAUGGCCACAAGAUUGUUGCUCAUGUGCAAAGGAUCCGGCUUUCCUCAGCUUAUGUACAUUAUGGCAACACUCGCCGGAGCUGGAACUGGCAAAGGGCACAUACAUUUAUUCAUUGCAUCUACACAGUGGAUUUCCAUCUGCAAAGACCAGAUAAGCGAGAAAGAAUUUCUGACCAGCCUUGAAAACGGGUCAAACAAAUCUGGCAGCCUCGUUGACUCUUGCUGUGCAGCUUUGCGCUACAUAGCCGACAUCGUGUACGCCCUAUCUCCGCAAAAUCCAGCAAGGGCUUCCAGCCCACCUUGGGAGGGAGAGUUAGUGCUGCCUCCUCACUCUGACGAUUUAGACUGGAUGGAAGACUUGACCCAUGAUGACGAUGAUGAAAGUGGUGGUGACGAUUCGGAUGAGGAUAGUUUAUGCAAUAAACUCUGCACAUUUACAAUAACGCAAAAGGAGUUUAUGAAUCAACAUUGGUACCACUGUCAUACGUGUAAAAUGAUCGACAGAGUUGGUGUUUGUUCCGUAUGUGCCCGGGUCUGCCAUCGUGGUCAUGAUGUAACUUACGCCAAGUUCGGUAACUUUUUUUGUGAUUGUGGCGCAAGGGAGUCGGGGUCUUGUCAGGCUUUAGUUAAACGGAAUCCGCAGAGCGUGACGGAUGGCUUGGCAUCCCAGGGCUUGAAUGGAUCCGCUCCGAACACUGCCACUUCCGGCGGCAAUAGUGGAGUCGGAAUAGAGCACAUGUUGACGUCUUCACUGAGGAGGCGUCCGUCCUCGCCCUCUGUCGACAAGUCGCAACAUCAGAAGGAUGUUGUGAAGCAAGCUGCACUCUCGAAACUGUUGGAAAAUUUGUCUGACCAAUUGCUCGGACUUAUUGGAAAAGAAAACAGCAUUGUCGGCCCACUUAUCACUUUGGUCAAAUCGCUUUUGCCUGCUGUAGAAGCCACUUGUCAAAGAAACUCCCCAGUCGGUUGUCAUUCUCGCUCACAAAAAUCUCUCAAAGAGCUACAUACUGUGGAUAAGAAAUUCCUUUUCUCCGACCAGAUUAUGGUUCCUACUCUUGGAUCUCAAGAAGGAGCUUUUGAAAAUGUGAGAAUGAACUAUUCUGGAGAGCAAGGCCAGACAAUACGUCAGCUUAUGUCAGCACAUAUGAUCAGAAGAGUUGCGAUGUGUUGUUUAGCUUCACCUCACGGAAAACGUCAGCAUCUUGCAGUGGCCCAUGAAAAGGGAAAGAUAACCAUUCUCCAGUUGAGCACUUUGCUCAAACAAGCCGACUCGUCCAAAAGGAAGCUUACACUCACUAGACUCUCAUCUGCGCCAAUACCGUUCACUGUGCUAACGGUCACGAGCAAUCCUUGGAAUGAGGAUUUCCUCGCCGUAUGCGGACUUAAGGAUUGUCACGUGUUGACAUUCACAUCGGGAGGAUCUGUGUCAGAACACCUAGUUCUUCACCCGCAGCUUGAGAUAGGAAAUUUCAUCAUUCGGGCCGUCUGGCUUCCGGGUUCUCAGACCAAACUCGCCCUUAUAACGGCUGACUUUGUCAAAAUUUACGACCUCUCGAUAGACGUACUGAGCCCUCAGUACUACUUUCUCGUACCAACUGGAAAAAUCCGUGAUGUCACAUUUGUUUGUAGUGAGGAAGGAAACAGUAUGCUGUUGUUGAUGUCCUCUACUGGCUAUAUCUACACACAAGAUAUGAAUGAAGCGAGUUCUGCGAAGCAUGGGGCAUUUUAUGUUACAAGCACUCUUGAAUUGUACCAUCCGGAAUUUAAGGAAUCAAACGGACAAGUUUGUGGAGGAGGUGUCUCAGUUUACUAUUCACACACAUUACGAUUGUUGUUUUUCUCAUACGCUCAUGGAAAAUCAUUUAUUGCUCCUUUGGACCCCUCGACUGGUACGACUGUUUUUGACGCUUUCAUGAUCAAUUUGCAAAAAGGGACAACAGCAGCAAGUAAUUCCGGAAGUGCAACAACUACGGGCAAUUCGAACAACACGACGACCCCGGCUACAACGGGGGCGUCGAAUACCACUUCGACCACUACGCCGACUACGACCACGACGACGAACAGCAGUAGUGGAAACAAAGGCAGUAGCGGAUCUUCUCAACCGCAGCCGCUCUGCCUGUGGUCCGAAGUACCCAAUCAUCCUGGAAUCGUGUGUGCCACAUUGCAGGCUAGCAACAACCCUGUAAUACUGAUGAUUCAACCAGAUACAAUAUACGUUCAAGAGAUAAAAGUGCUUCCGCCGAAGGCGAAAAUCAUGGACAUGGUCGUCAUCAGGCACCUCUCUACAGGGUCUGAUCUACGUACGACUCUCCUCAUCCUCUGUGAAGAUGGAAGCUUAAGGAUUUACAAUGCAAACCCAGAAAUGACUGAAUUUUGGCUAUCACCGAGUGUCCAAGCACUUAAUAGUUUACCAUCAAAUAAAUCAAAUAAGAAGAAAAAAGCCCCUAAACCUGUUAAAGCAUCAGCAAGUGUUUCAUUCCCAGUUGACUUCUUUGAGCACUGCAUCGCCUUGAACGAUGUUGAAUUUGGAGGAAGCGACUUACUGCAAAUAUACAACACAGCCCAGAUCAAGCAUAGACUCAAUACGACAGGGAUGUACGUCGUUUCGACUAAAAGCGUCGGCUUUAAUGUCGAAAUCAUCAACAACGACGCAGCACAUGUAAUAACCGGGGUGAGAGUCCUCCUCGGCAGUCAAGACAUACAGCGCGUCCCAGCGUACAUCGAGGUCGGGGGAAGAAGCAUCCAGACCAACAUCGCAAGAAACAGAUGGUUCGACUUUCCUCUGACAAGGGAAGAAAGUCUCCAAGCCGAUAAAAAGUUAACGUUGACAUUUGGGACAUCUCAAGAUCCAGAUGGAAUCAUAAUGGUUGAUUCUAUCAAAGUUUAUGGAAAAACAAAAGAAGCUUUUGGAUGGCCUGAGGAGAAUGAAGAAUCCCAAACGGCAACUCAGAACGCUUCCCAGCCUACGGCUUCAUCAAACAGUGACACUGAAAGCAUGAGUUCUUCUUUAUCCACGUCAGUGCCACUCCUUGAUCGGAUGCUUUCGGGAAUUUUGGAAGUGUUGGACGGAUGCUUCAGUCUGGUUAACUUCGAUGCGAAGGGUUCUUUGAAAACAUCCGCUAUCUCGCUUUCAACAACUUUCUUGACUCUGCCGACUUCUCCAACAGUGCAGAAAAAUACAAAAUCACUAAUGGCUUCGUUACACACUUCUAGACAAGCCUAUCAUAAUUAUAGAGAUCAAGCUGUGUUGAAUUAUGUUAUGUCAUCUUUGAACAGCCUCAGGCAAAUCACUGAUCCAAAAGAUCUUGAUACAGAGGCGUUUUACAGGCUUGUUUUAAUGAGUCGGUCAAUCGCUAUCGCUCGUCCUUUCAAUUUAGUUAAAUUUUCACAACCUCUUGAUGCAGAAUCUGGCCAUUUAAUUAUCCAAUUAACUGACAUUCUUUGGAAGUUGCACAGUGCUAAACCCCAGAAUAUGGCACUGGCCAGCGUCUGUAUUCCUGGUCUGACUCAUGUUGAAGCGACUGUGUUUUCUCUUAUUGAAAUCAUACACGCAUAUACUUUGGCCGAGCACAGCGAGGCCAUGACAGCGCUUGCAGCGAAGAUAUACCUCGAACUUCUUCUGUGUUCUGACCACGCAGUUUGCUUCAGCGCCAAACACGCAAUAAUACGAGUGUUGAGACCGAGAGUGAAAAGACGCCGAGUGUACAUCCCAAGCCCACCACAUUGCAGCACACCAGGGGUAGUGGAGUCGGAAAAACAAGGUCCAGUUUCCCAACCGUCGCAGGACUCCUCGGAAGCCGAACCGAAUCACUAUGAUGAAAGUGUAGAACCAAUUGUACUACUUGAUCCAGCGGGUGCAGUCGCGAGUGGAGUGUCAAUGAAUAUGGAGGCACUUCUUGGAGGUGUGAACACUGGAGGCUUCCCCCCUAUGCUAGACAUACCGCCAGACGCCGACGACGAGACCAUGGUGCAGAUCGCCAUCGCUCUCAGUCUCCAGCAAGAACAUGAAGGUUCUCCCAACCUCGGACUUAACCUGCAGGCUUUCCACAACCUUGCAGGGCCUGCACUUCAAGCUUUAGCAGGUAGUAGGGUAAAUGUUAGAGGUACGCAUAAUGCCGGUGAAGCGGGACAUUAUUCUGAUACAACUGCAUCACCCGGGGGUUCUGAUGAUGAAGGUUCUACCGCGGCAACAGACGGAAGUACAUUAAGAACAUCCCCGGCUGACCAAGGAGGUUCAGGAGGUUCCGAGAGCGGCGGUAGUGGUGUAGAUUCUAUAACUGGCGAACAUAACGUUUCAGGAAGGAGUUCGGCAUACGGCGAACAAGAACCUUUAGCCACCGGUACAAGAAGUGAAACGAGCUCACUCGGUGUACCUUCGGCAUUCCAGAAUCAAGAAGCCGAAGGGAUAGAAGGAGAAGGCGAUACUGAACUUGAAGGCGCCACCACUCUCCAUUCGUUAAGAUUGUCGAUACUCGAAAAACUUGUACAACACAUUCCCCAGUUGAAACAAGUCGGUGGCGUCACGGCGAUACCUUUCAUGCAAGUUGUGCUUAUGCUCACAUCCGAUUUAGACGGAGAAGAAGAAAGAGGAAAAGCCUGCUUAGAAAACUUAUUAAACUCAGUACUUUCCCUACUUUCCCUGAACCAACCAGACGUACAGGAUAUUUGUACAAGGAACCCAUGCCGAGAAGUUCAAAUCGUUGUCAUGAGAUUACUAAGUGUGUUAAUGUCAAGACCUAAAUCAGCUUCCAAGACUGGAAAUACAAAUUUUGUAUCACAGACAUCUGCCAAUAUUCUUCUCCAAUCUGGUGUAAUCGACUACUGUCUGCUGUUGCUUAAAGAACUCUUGCCCUAUUGGAAAAAUAAUACACAAGAAGAGGCCAACACAAAUGUGAGCGGAUCGCUUCUAAAACCUCACCAUCCCUCGUCUCCACCGGACAUGUCACCAUUUUUCCUGAGGCAGUACGUUAAAGGUCAUGCUACAGAUGUUUUUGAAGCGUAUCCACAACUUCUGACUGAAAUGGCUCUACGCCUGCCCUACCAAGUGCAGAAGCAUACACCAAAUCCUAUCUUUUUCCCGCAUACUUGGUUUUAUUAUCUGUGUGAGUACAUGAUGACUCAACAGACUCCGUUUGUGCGGCGCCAAGUUAGAAAACUCCUGUUGUUCAUAUGUGGCAACAAAGAGAAGUAUCGACAGUUGAGAGAUCUCCACUCACUAGAAUCUCAUAUGAAAUCCGUGAAGCAAUGCUUUGAAGGGAAUGUCGUCCAACCUCUGACAUACGACGCUCUUGUAGAAUUGACAGAACACCUGAAAGCCUGCGUCGAAGUCGGGACAAGCAGGACAUGGAACUGGAGACAGUUUUGCACAAAAGAUAACUCAGUUUUGCCGUUUCUGGUGUAUACGAGCCGCCUGGUCGAAGAGCCCGUCGCUCAGACCACACUGCAGCUGCUGAGAUGCGCUCUUUGCCCGACUAGACAAUCUCCUCCGCCACCUCCAUCAGGCCAGGAAAAUGCUCCUAGUAGUAGCAAGAGCUCGAAUGUAGUAAGGACGAGUAAAGAAAAAGUGUACGAUAGCGAUAUGGAAGACGCUCAGUGCUUGACUCUCGUACGCCAGCUCAACAGCCAAAUACCAAGAGAACUCCUUACAAAAUUCAUCCGUUCUUUCUUGCUCGAGACGAACGCCUCGAGCAUGAGAUGGCAGGCUCACGCCCUUAUACUUUCGAUCUACAAGAACUCAGAACCGGCAGAGCAAGAACUCCUUCUCGACCAGAUGUGGAGCCUGUGGCCUCAGCUGCCAUCGUAUGGCAGGAAGGCGUCGCAGUUUGUAGAUCUGCUCGGCUAUUUCUGCAUCAAAUCAAAUUCAUCAAAAAAGAAGAUCGAAGAGUGCAUAGAGAAAGCUGUGAAUAUGUUGCGUGCCCAAAAUCAAGUUCUGGCCCAACAUCCAAACGCGUCAUUGUACACGCAAUUAGCUCAAUACGUUGAACUCGAUGGUUAUUACCUAGAAAGUGAUCCUUGUUUAGUUUGCAACAACCCAGAACUUCCAUUAACUAACAUUAAACUAUCAUCAAUCAAGAUUGAUUCAAAAUUUACAACUACAACACAAAUAGUUAAAUUAGUGAGUAGUCACACAAUUAGCAAGAUCACGUUGAGGAUUGCUGACCUGAAGAGGACUAAAAUGGUGCGAACUAUGAACAUUUAUUAUAACAACAAGAGUGUUCAGGCUGUUAUUGAACUCAAGAACAAACCAGCUAUGUGGCACAAGGCGAAGAAGGUCAAUCUUGCUUCAGGCCAGACAGAGGUGAAAGUAGAAUUCCCUCUGCCCAUUGUCGCUUGCAACCUGAUGGUCGAAUAUGCCGAUUUCUAUGAAAAUCUCCAAGCAUCCUCAGAAACGUUACAAUGCCCCAGAUGCUCAUCAUCGGUGCCGGCGAAUCCGGGGGUGUGCGCGAACUGCGGCGAAAACGUGUUCCAGUGUCACAAAUGCCGUGCGAUCAACUACGACGAGAAAGACCCGUUCUUAUGCCACGCGUGCGGUUUCUGCAAAUACGCCAAAUUCGACUUUACGAUAACGGGUCGGGUGUGCUGCGUCGUCGACCCGAUUGAGAACGACGAGGACAGGAAGAAGACAAUCUCGGCUAUAAAUACGCAUUUAGAGAAGGCGGACAGAGUUUACAAGCAGCUCGUCGGGAACAAGCCGACCCUUGAAAUGCUUCUUUCCAAGAUAAACGACCACAGAGCAGACCGUGGUAUUGAUGAAAUUCCAUCCCAGGGAGUGACCAGCAACUCAACAUCCACAAUCGGUUCUUCUAACAUCCCACCAUCGACAAGCAUGGUCAAUAGAGCCAUUCAACUCCUCGCCCAGAGAUACUGCACAGAUUGUAAAACUUCAUUUGAAGAUCUUAGUCGAAUUAUUCAAAAAGUACUGGCAUGCCGCUCUAAACUAGUUUCAUACGAUAGAAGCCAGCUAGAGCAGAGUGGAAGCUUAUCUCAGUCUACAGAUAUUUCUCAAAGCGAACCGUCCUUAGAUAUGUCUAGUGAUCCAGUGCAGGGCAAAUGCUACGGGUGUGCGUUUUCUGCGACUGAACACUGCCUCAUCUUGCUACGAGCUCUCGCUCACAACCCGAAAUCCCGACAGGUGCUCUGUUCCAAAGGACUUAUACAAGAACUGGUUCAAAAUAAUUUACGUCGUGGAACAACCCAGGUUCAAGAAGAAGUGAGACAGCUUAUUUGCCUUGUGACAGGCGAUAAUUGCAAAGCGACUGAAGAAAUCUGCACUAUUCUCAUGGAACGAGUCUCGUUGACUCUAAACGGCCACUUGGCCGCUUCUGAACUCGCGAUUGCCGUUCGACCAGAGAUGAGCCUCCUAGCUGCUCUCGUGCAGAAGGAAGACUCAUGCUGGGAACAGAAAUUAAGGUGUGUGAUGAAACUUUUCCUGAUGUCUUGUUCCGAGGGAAAAUCCCCUGUAGUCAUUGAUUCUGUUACUCUCCCUUGUCUGAAAAUCAUUCAGGGGAUUAUAAAACCACUAUCUCCUGUGUCUAAAAAAUACAAGGACAAAUCAGUGGAGGACAUAGUAAAUAUCAAAGUAGUCGGUAGUAUGCCGAUUGACAUCAACAGCUGGGUCAACGGGGAGGAGAGAUUCUCCUUCAGCAAUUGGUACAAGAGAAUGCCCGUUAAAAAAUCCGAUCUAAUCACCCCGGCAAAACCGUCGUCGAAGGCUGAAAUAAGAGAGAAAUACUUGACUGAAAAAUACGUGACAAGGUGGAAGGAGAAGAUUUACCUCGUCGAGUCGAAGAUGGACGGCGUCGCUUGGCUGCGGCAGGUCCUUUUCAACCCGAGUUCAAUCCUGGCGAGACAAGUAACUUGCAACAUGUUGGAGUGCUUGUGUACCAACCCAAAAACAAAGAGAGAAAUUUUAGACUUAUUAACAACUUUCCUCGGUGAACUCGGCUCAGCUGGAGAAAGCGCUGCCGAAUAUUUGACACUUUAUCAAAGUCUAUUGCAGCCCUCGCCUUGGAAGCAAUAUCUCGCACUCAAAGGAGUUCUUCUCUACCUUGCUGAACUGCUGACACAAGAAAUAAAUGCAAUACAUAAAUUUGAAGGCUCUAUACUCACUUCUGAUUUAUCUCAAGGAUAUGCACUAAAAAUGUUGACAGAGUUGAUAGCUUCGUUUUUAGAACAGCCAAGCAUAAAACAACAGUAUAAAGGCCGUUUGGUCGGGGCAGUUCUAAAUGGUUACUUAUCGCUUAGAAGGCUGGUUGUACAGCGUACGAGGUUGAUUGAUGAAACGCAAGACAAACUUCUCGAGCUGCUUGAAGAGAUGACGACCGGCACAGAAGACGAGACUAAAGCGUUUAUGACUAUUUGCAUACAAACCGUCGAAAGAUGCCCGCCACAAGAUGUCAGGACGCCUGUUUUUAUAUUCGAGAGGCUCUGUUCUAUAAUAUAUCCAGAAGAAAACGACGUCGGGGAAUUUUAUCUCACACUAGAGAAAGAUGCACAACAAGAAGACUUCUUACAGGGAAGGAUGUUGGGAAAUCCGUACAGUUGCAAUGAACCCGGCCUAGGCCCACUCAUGAGAGAUGUCAAGAAUAAAAUCUGCCAGGAUUGCGAGCUUGUCGCCCUUCUCGAGGAUGAUAAUGGGAUGGAGCUUCUUGUCAACAACAAGAUCAUUAGCCUCGACCUCCCGGUCAAAGAGGUCUACAAGAAAAUUUGGAUCGCCGAAGGCGGUGAGGGCGAUUCGAUGAGAGUCGUCUACAGGAUGAGAGGCCUCUUGGGCGAUGCGACGGAAGAAUUUGUCGAAACUUUGCAAGCGAAGUCACAACAGGAAGUCAAUAACGAGGAAGUCUACAAAAUGGCGAACGUCAUGGCUGACUGUAAAGGCCUCAAGGUUUUAUUGGGAAGAUUGAGCCAGAUUCGGGAUACAGUCAGAUCAAGGGCUUUGUUACAAGUAACGCUUAAAUUACUUCAGCUUUGUGUUAAAGUUUCAAGGAACCAAGAAGUUUUGUGUCAUCCUGAUCUUGGAGCGAUCAACAUUCUUCUAGACACUUUCCAAUUAUGCGUUUCUGAUACCACUCAACAAUCUGCACAGCUCAUUGAACAAAUUCUUGAGAUAAUGGAGACAAUUUUGUCAAAGACUGCAUCCCAGUCCCCAGACGAUUUCCUCAAAUUCUCCCAGACUCUUGGCGGUGUAGAACACAUCAAUUCUCUCCUCGACUGCGUCUCUAACUGCAGCAGCGUCAAGUCGAACACGGCUGUGCUCGAGCACCUGGCGCAAGUCCUGGCAUCGCUCACUUACAGCAACCGGGCCAAAAUGGCCGCCCUUAUGGAUCAUUUCAAGCCUCAUCUCUGGGAAUUCGACAAGUUCGACACUGAGCACACGGCGGAGGAAGAACAGAAGAUGGAACUUUUCAGCAUCCUGGCUCUCGGCAUUGACAGAUCGGCCCUUGGCAAUACUCUUAAAGAUUAUAUACUUACACUUGGUGUUGUUGACCACGCACUUAAAUAUAUCAGGAAGUAUGCUCCUGUAACCAGACCAACUCUUCUUCACUGUGAUUCGGACGAGUGGAAAGAAUUUAUAUCGAAACCUGCGUUAAAAUAUAUUUUAAGAUUUUUAACAGGCCUCGCUAGUCAUCAUAAACCGACUCAAGAUGCAGUUUCAGUGGAUUGUAUAACAAUCAUUCAUAGACUCGAACAGGUUUCCUCCGACGAGCACGUGGGCUCAUUAGCUGAGAAUUUAUUAGAAGCUCUGUGCACUAAUGAGAGAGCGGCAGCUAUGAUCGAAGAAGUCAGGGGUUCAACUAGAGCCGAGAAAAAGAGACUGGCCAUGGCGAUGAGAGAAAAACAGUUGGGUGCUCUCGGUAUGAGAACCAACGACCGAGGCCAGUUGACCGUAGAGAGCCAGACGAUGAUGCAGCAGAUGGAAGAGCUUGGCGAAGAAACCGGCCUUGUUUGCGUCAUCUGUCGCGAAGGCUAUAAAUUCCAGCCGAACAAAGUUCUCGGUGUUUAUACAUUCACAAAACGUUGUAAUAUUGAAGAGUUUGAGAACAAAGCAAGAAAAACAGUCGGUUAUAGUACUGUCACCCACUUUAACGUUGUACACAUUGACUGUCACAUGUCAGCGGUGAGACUGGCGAGAGCGAGGGAUGAAUGGGAAUCAGCUGCUCUUCAGAAUGCUAAUACAAAGUGCAACGGGCUUUUACCUCUUUGGGGGCCACAGGUGCCAGAAUCAGCAUUUGCGAGCUGUCUGGCUAGGCAUAACACCUACCUCCAAGAAUCGACUGGGCAUCGUGAUAUUAAUUAUACUUCGACCGUACAUGAUUUAAAACUGCUCUUAUUGAGGUUUGCACAAGAAAAGAGCUUCCAUGAUGAUACAGGAGGUGGUGGACCUCAGUCCAAUAUGCACAUCAUACCUUAUCUUAUGCAUAUGGCCCUUUAUGUGAUUAAUACGACGAGAUGUAGUGCAAGGGAGGUUAAGAACCUGACCACAUACCUUGAAGAGCCUAGGCUCGAGUCAUGUUUUGAGACUGAAGGACCGCAUUACUGGGCGACGCUGUCUCUACUGGUCCAGUCGCCGGAGAGGUGGGCUUGUCUCAAGCUUAAGCACCUUUCUCGCCUUAUUGUCACUGCCCACGUCAGGUCGCUCCACGCGCCCUCGUCGGCGAGCGUUUCCUCCAACUCGUCCAAUACAAAUGUAACAUCAAGCAGUGCGAUCCCCCAAAGGCUGACUGAUACCGAGGUCAAACCGUUUCAAGUCUAUAGGAGCAAUCUUAUAUUUUAUGCCUUAAUAGAUGCUAUUUAUAAAAAUCAUUUCAAGAAAGUUUUUGUUACAUCCGAAGACAGAUGGGUUACGAUUCUUGCUGAUUACAUCAGACACAACGAUGAAGCUCUUCUCAAGUCUUCUGAACGGCUCAUGUCGAUUUACACCGAUGAACUGAUCCCUUGUACGUCGAUAGAAGAGUUUUUUGAUGUUGUCGGUUUAUUGGGUGAAAUAUCUGACCCGGUUCAGUUCAUCGCAGAGACCCUGCAGGCUUAUGCAUAGAAUUUUUUUUGUUUUUCUUCCCCCCCCCUGUAAAUUCUAUUAAAUAUUGUGAUGUAUCUAAUUGUUACAUAAGAGCAGAUUAACUUAUAUAUGAAGGAUUUUAUUCCUGAUACUGUGAAAUGUUUAAAUUUAAGUCAUCCCCAUGCUGCAAUCGAAAAAUGGACACCUUGUGGCAAAUAUCACACCAAUGAUCGAGAAAAAUAUCCUUUUUUUUCUGUCAAUACAUAUACAAUUUGUGUUUAUACCCAAAUAAUAUUAAUUAUGAUAAUUAUACAAAUUUUGUGUUUAAAAUUAUAAAUUAAAAAGGAAUAUUUAAAGUGUA